AUGAACAUCGCACCGUUGGUAAGUUUAAUUCUUUUGUACAUAUUAUUACUUAGUGUUAUACCAAACUCUUUGGUGAGGUACUCAACUACUUAGUGGGUACUCAACUGCUUAGUAUAGUCCUAAACUCUGUGGUGGGGUACUCAACUACAUAGUAUAGUCCUAAACUCUGUGGUGGGGUACUUAACUACUUAGUGGGUACUCAACUACUUAGUAUAGUGUCAAACUCUGUGGUGGGGUACUCAACUACUUAGUAUAUUACUUUUAUACUAAGUAGUUGAAUACCUUUUACUUAUUAUUACUAUACUAAUUAGUUGAGUACCCCACUAAGUAGACCCGAAAAUAUUUUGGACCGCUUUGUCCACAAAAUAUACUUUAAAAUAAAUAAAUUUGAGUUGGGGUACUAUAAUAUUGCUUGGGGUAUUAUAAUAUUACGGGGUACUAUACUACCUGAGCCCCGAUUUUAUGUUAUAUUAUGACUGUACGAGUGAAUUUUUGAAAAUAAAUAAAUCUUUUUUAACUAAAGGUGAUGAAUGUUAAUGUAGGUAUAAUUGCUUAUAAUUUCAGUCGUUGUACUUGACAUGUUUGUUCUGCAUAAUUAGUAGCCAAUUACUUGUUAAACCUACUUAUAAACUGAUGGUUCUCCUUGGGGUGUUUCAUAUCAGUUGUCUUACCACUGCUGGAGUGAUUGGUGGCUACUUUUACUUAAAAGGUGUUGUGUUUUGCUCUUAUCCAUCUUUGGUUUACGUUACUGGAGCACUUGAUCUAGCUUCGUGGUGUGCUGGUAGUGCUACCAACCUGCUGAUAGCUAUAAACAGAUGUUGCUUCAUUUACAGUGACAAAUUAAAUAGGGUUUUCUUUACUGGAAAUGCUAUCUACGUCUGGAUAUUGAUUAUAUUGUUGUACUACGUCUUCGUUUUAAUGUUUGUCCGUCCACCACUGUUCAAUUCUUACGGAAUGACUUAUCUAAUUAAUCCUGAUGCUGGUUACUUUGGGAAGAUACGAAGAGCACACACCAUUGUAUGGGCAGAUAUCCACAACUUCAUUGACUUGGUCAUCAGUGUCUUGGUAAUAAUAGCUUUUAUAUUGAUUUACAAACGGAAGAAUCAACGUAAAAGUAGUGCUUUUGACAAGCAGAUGUUCAUCCAGGUAUUACUCAUCCAUUUGUUUCAAUUCUUAACCUGCGCUUGCUUUAAUACGUUGAGGUUUGUGAGGCCGUCGACAGUUUUUAAUGCUGGAGCUACUAUAAUAUACGUAAUUUCUCAAGGUACGUUUGUUUAUGAUGAUACUUUUACAUAUCUUUGUAGGUAUAACACCAGUAAUCUACUUGACUUUCAACCAAACCAUCAAAUUGACAUUGGCUUCGAAGAUUCUGAAACGAGGAAGUGCGGUCAAGACUUCUGUCAACUUAAUCUCACCAUUAAUUCAUGGAUUGAAGUUACUACCAGUGCAACCCGCUUUAAAAAGCGUUGCAAAUUAG